AAUUCUAUUAUUGAUUAUUGCAGAUGAUGAUGAUGGAGGAGGACUCAUGUCCUUUGUCAGCAUCGAGUCAUGCACAAAGUUGGCUAGUUGAAUUUCGUUCUAGUUGUCAAGAAUUGUUUCAGUUUGUUUUAGAAGUAACCAGGUAGUCAGCUACUAGUCAAUGUACUGAUUGAUUACUUUUCUAUGUAGGCAAGCAUCCCACUCUUUGGACGCAACUGAGCGACCCAGUCAACUCCAGACGUUGUGGAGUCGCCUGCUUCAUCUGCAAAGUCAACUUCCCAAAGUUGUUGAGCUAUGUAAGCAAGUGCUUGUUUGUUGUGUAUUGUUUUUGGUUAUUCUGACCCCUUUUUUUUUUAGUAGAACAGCACAAGGAGAGACAGACAUAUCUGGAAUACUUGAUGCAAGUGGAAAGAGACUUGGAUAGUCGAAUUGCAAAAAUAUUGGAACGACUAUUGCUUGCACUAGAAAGCUUGCAUAGUCUUUUGACGGAAUCUCAGCCCAUAUUGCAGAGUUCAUCAUUAUUGCAAAAAUCGACUCUUUCUGAAAUAUUAUCCUUGGCUAUGCGUAUAACAGGGUCUUUAAGUGCUCCUACAAACUAUGAAGAAGAAACAUCGAAUGCUGCUGAGUUUGCUCCUGCUCCUACAGAAGAAAUGAUACGUGUUAGUAAAAUGGCACAAUGGAGUAUGCAGUAGUCCAGAAGAAAGUCUAUUUUGGUUUUCCAACUGAAGCAAGUUUCGUUUAUCAUGAAUACCCUCAAGUGUGAAUUUGUUUUCUAAAGUAUUCAGACUCUCGCUUCCAUUGAAAGGAAUAAUAUAAUGAAUAUAUCCAUAUGGUUACGAUAAACCUCAGGCAAUGAGUCUAUGGUAGAAAAUGAUUGAUCAUAGACAUAUCAAGUAUUUUAUACGACGUCGAUGUUGACGUAUGCUUCCCAUUUUUCGUCAAACAACUCUGUUUUUUUUCAGUUUCAAUUGUUCA